AAUGCGUAAGUAGGUUACUGCGCCACGGCGAUCGUCUGCAGAAGAAAAAGAGAGAGAGAGCGCGGGGACCAGCGGGUUUGGCGGUAGUAGUCGAGGCUUUUCAAGCGCGCAGGCGUCUCGUCCAUCUGCCUGCGCCUCUCCCCCUCUCUCCUCAUCUCUUUCUCUCACUGCUCUUCAUAUAUAAAAUGUACAGAAAGUACAAUGGUAGCGAUAGUGAUGAUUGAUGAUGAAUGGGUGGGCCAAAAUAAAAAGCAGUGCGACGUUGGACGCCCAAAAUCCUUCGCGGACGAACAAAAAAUAAUCGCAGCUUGCCCCCCGGCGUUCUAGAAUGGUGCGAUUCGAAAAAGCUAUACACGCGACACGCGUACAUUUGGUAUAAUGGGUGGUAAACGAGAAGGACUAGGUUUAGACAGAAUAGAAGAAGAAAAAAAAGUAAGGUUGUAGUUGGGUAUAGUGCAGUGAUCAACGAAUGCGGUGAAAUGAAGACCUCUUGCAAGAGCCGUUGCCGCGCGUGGGCGGCGACAGGGGUAUCGCUGCUUGCGAAGGGAAAAUCAAAAAGAAGAAGAAAAAAGAAGCCAGAUGUAAAGAAGAAAAAAAGUAGGAACAUCAAGCGUGAAAAUCAGAUGGCCACUCUGUCUCUCUCCCCGCAGAAGGGUAGGGUAUCAAAACAAAAAGGAAGACCGUCAAGAGAAGAAAAAAGGAAAGGGAAAAAAGAGGGUAUGAAGCAAGCAAAUACGAGAAAAUAUCCAAUCUUUCGGAUUGCGCCGCACCUCCGGGCGGCAGCUGGCGCGCGUUGGCCAAAUUGCCGCCCUCCCGAACAAAAGCACCGUCUCAACUCCUCCAGAAACCGUCCGUCCGUCCGUCCGUGAUUCGUUCGCCGUUCCCACCUGUUGUUUCCCUUCAUUUACACCUUUCCGACGGAAUCUUGCAUGUAUGUGACAAAGUAUGUGGUUGUUGGUCUUUAUGUACGGGGUGACGCGCGCGCGCUGAUUAUGUUGCGGUUGUGGCUGUUGUAUUACA